CACACACACACGCCCCGAUGUGUGCAUGGCCACAUUCCACUGCCGGCGCUGCGAGAGGCUGGCUCAGUCUGUCCUGAAGCCUGGAGCUGCUCGCCACUUCAGAGCGGAGCAGGAAGCCGCAGCGGAGACCAGGGGAGGUCUGACGACAAAUUCUAGCUUUCCCAGAAAACAUUUCACAGUUUCACACCGAUGGAGGAUCAAGGCUGGCUUUGAUUUCCUGCAGAAUCAACAUGCAGAAGAAAGCUGCCUCUCUGCUUCAGAUAUGAGCAACUUUUCCUGGCAGAGACACAAUUUAGAGAUUUGGAAACAUUUGACGAGAAUCCUGGAGGUCCAGCCAAAGGAUGGCUCAGUCACGGCGAGCAGAAUCCUCCAGCCUGUAGUCAUUCUGCUUUAAGGAGAAGAGUCGGCCAUAUUGAGCAGGAAAACCCCAGAAUCACCUCUUUACCUGCUAAUUCUGACAUGAUGUUUGGCCUCCAUGUUGGACGCCGCUCGCUGUUUCUGCUCACCCUCCUCCUGGUGACUGUGCGCCGUGGCGAAGGCGAUCAGCAGAGGUUUCAUCAAAUCCAGCAUGGGCAGUGCACCUACACGUUCAUCCUGCCUGAGGAGGGACAGGCCAGCUGCAGAGAGGUCAGAGGCGGCAGCAGCAGGACCAGUCAGCACGACGCCAACGCCAUCCAGAGAGACGCGCCGCCGGCUGAGCCCAGCCUGAAGAUCCAGCAGCUGGAGAGCGUCAUGCAGAACUACACCCAGUGGCUGCAGAAGAUUGAGAGCUACGUCAGGGAGAGCAUGAAGACGGAGAUGGCUCACCUGCAGCAGAGCGCCAUGCACAACCACACGGCGGCCAUGUUGGAAAUGGGAACCAGCCUCCUCUCUCAGACCGCCGAGCAAACGCGCAAGCUGACCGACGUUGAGGCGCAGGUUUUGAAUCAAACGUCGAGGCUUGAAAUUCAACUGUUGGAAAAUUCCCUUUCCACUAACAAGCUGGAGAAACAAUUAAUGAUCCAGACCAGUGAGAUCAGCAAGCUGCACGACAAAAACAGCCUCCUGGAGAGGAAGAUGCUGGAGAUGGAGCAGCAGCACGCCGAGGAGCUGGAGACGCUGAGGCAGGAGAAGGGGAGCCUGCAGGCGCUGGUGGGCCGGCAGAGCGGCGCCAUCCGGCAGCUGGAGGCUCAGCUGAGCCGGGCCAGAGGGAACAGCAGCGCUCUGCAGCAGAUGAUGGGCAGCGUCUGCUCCAAACAAACAGGCGGAUCCAACCAAUCAGGAGCUGCGGAUGAAGAGAAGAAGUUUGGUGACUGUGCAGAUUUAUACAAAGCCGGCUUCCAUAAAAACAGCGUUUACACCAUCCAGAUAAAUCCACAGGAAACUAAGAAGGUUUACUGCAACAUGGAGGCCGCCGGUGGUGGAUGGACGGUCGUCCAGCGCAGAGAAGACGGCAGCCAAGAUUUCCAGAGAACAUGGAAGGAGUACAAGCUGGGCUUUGGGAGUUUGCUGGCAGAGCACUGGUUGGGAAAUGAGCAUAUUUAUCAGCUGACCAGCCGACGGCAGAACGUGCUUCGGAUUGAGCUGACGGACUGGGACGGACACCAGGCCUUCUCGCUCUAUGAUCGGUUCCAGAUCGGCAACGAGAAACAAAACUACAGGCUGUUCCUGAAAAGCCACAGUGGGACGGCAGGGAAGCAGAGCAGCCUGGUGAUCCAUGGAGCCGAUUUCAGCACCAAAGAUCAGGACAAUGACAACUGCUCCUGCAAGUGCGCUCUGAUGCUGACGGGCGGUUGGUGGUUCGACGCCUGCGGCCCGUCCAACCUCAACGGGCUCUACUUCAGCCGCGGGCAGCACCUCGGGAAGCUCAACGGCAUCAAGUGGCAUUACUUCAAAGGACCCAGCUACUCCCUCCGCGGCACCGCCAUGAUGAUCCGCCCGCUGGACUUCUGAGCCUCAAACUGACGUCAUGAUUCAUGGUUUUCCUAUAUUUUCCUUUAAAAAUGGACAGAAAUGUUCUGCAGUUUUCUGCCAUUUUGGCCGAGUUGUUGUUGCUGAAAGGGAAAAAACUCGGUUGUUUUCUGAAAUGUUGUUCAUUUCAACCAUUUAUAGUGAUUUUCCAGCCGGUUAAAUAAAUGUCUGUUAUUAAUAUUGUAAAAAGUAUAUUUACAGUAGCUGCUGUUAUUGCUUUAGAAAAUAUUGUACAUACUGUAAGAAGUGUAUGCACUGUAAUGAAAGAGUGUAACUAUUUUAAUAAUUACUGUAAGUGAGUUUAGCAUUAAGAUUAAAAUAAAGUCAGGUUACAUGAGCAAA